UGCUGUGUGCGUGUGUAGGCUGCUCUGUCUGGCUGUUGUUUGCUCUGUCUGGCUGCUCUGCCUGGCUCUUCCGCCUGGCUGUUGUUUGCUCCGUCUAGCUCCUCCGCCUGGCUGCUGUUUGCUCUGUCUGGCUCCUCCGCCUGGCAAUCUGCCCUGUCCGCCUGUCUGUGCUUUGUGUCACUGGACUAGGCAGCCCGCACGCUGCGAAAAGUGCAAAACACAUCAUCAUCACACCAUCUUCAGCGGACAGAGAAGGCUCGCCAAUUGUAUGGGCUAAUGGAACAGGAACACAUCUUUGCACACUCGGAGGACUUCUGGGACUACGUACAGAGCUCGCUGAGAUGCGAGUCCCCCGGCGAGCUCUCCACCGUCAACAAGGCGCUGGUGAAGUACCUCAAGCUGGUAGGGGAUCACAUACUGGUGUUCGUGAACGACGACCAGGACCUGUACCGGUGUGGGCUUUCGCUGGUGUGUUCUGAGUUCUAUGAGAGUAACAAGCAGUUCUGCGUGUCCAAGCAGCUGAGUCUGCUGAGCAUUGACGGACUGGACCAGAACAUCCGGCUGUUCUCGAGUUAUGUGCUGCUGUUGGAUUGUAAGAACGACUCUUCUCAGCUACAGGUGAUGUACGACUACCACGCGUUCUCGGUGCUGUACAGGAGUCUACGCCAGCUGUUUGAGACGUUUGCCCUGCUGGAUGACGAUAGGGACAUGGGCUCGUUGGGGAUACUGAGGAAGACGUGUACAGUACAGCUGGACAUAAUGUUUCAGAUGUGCAAGUACAUGAGCAUUUCCUACGAAGAGUUGCAGUUGAUAGAUACGUUCUUCAUCAACUACAUCUUUGAGUCACUGGUGGUUGCGGACGUCGAUGACGUGUUCAAUGCUGCCAAGUUCAAGCUCAUAUUGGCGAUGAAUGAGCAGUUCAUGAUUGCAGCACGCCAGCAUCAUCAUCAUCUGGAGAACAAGGUGCUCUCGGUAGUGGCAACGCACACGACAUUCAGAAACUUCAGUGAGUGUCUGCUCAUGUUCUUCAACAGAGAGGAGGACCGUUGUCUUCAGAUAAUGAUCUCAAAGAUCAUCUAUCUGAUCUUCACUUCGAAGAAAACCGCAGAUGUGUUCUACCAUAACGAUCUGAACGUUAUGGUUGAUGUUCUCAUCAGAGAGCUGACCAAUCUAAGCGAAGAGGACGACUCGAUUCGACACACGUUCCUGAGGGUUCUGUACCCCUUGCUGCAACGGAAGCAGUUUGAAGCUUCGCAUUAUAAGAAGGCCGAGUUGGUAUCGUUGUUGACCUACCUAUCAGGUAUAGGUCAAACCUUCUGGGUUCCAUCCGAUACAACAAAGAGAUUAGCAUCGAGAUGUCUGAAGCUCAGCUGGUUACAGCCACAGAGUGAAACCACUGACGACGUUGAGUCGAUCAAGAGCGACCAUUCCUCCAUCAUCAACGAUAGAAUCGACACCGCAGUGUCGUCAACUGUCUCUCUGCCUUCCACAACAAAGAAUGGGCACAUCAUAGCUCCACCACAACUACCACAUCAACAUCAUAGAAACUCAGAUACGUCUCUUGCAUCAAUGUCGAAGAAGAUCACGCCACCCCCACCAGUUCCCAGACAUAGAAACCAUUCAGAUACGUCAUUGCCUUAUAGAAGACAGGCACCUCCUCCACCACCACCUUCUAGAAAGAAAAAAUAAAUCAACUGCAUCUUUGAAAUAGCAUCAU